AUGACUGGCACAUCCUGGAAACUGAAAGGCGAAGCCAAACGCCAGUCAAUUCUAAAUGCCAUCCCCGAGAAUUGGCGACUGGAAUCUCCUGUCCCUCCCGCUACAGAACUACGAGAUGUUACAGGGGAUUAUAUUCGACAAUACCUCACCGAGCACGAGAUUACUAUCACGGAGACAGAUGCCGUAGACAUUGUGGCGCAGACAUCUACAGGCCGCUGGUCAGCCCUGGAAGUGACAGAAGCCUUCUGUCACCGGGCUGCACUGGCUCACCAGCUCGUCAACUGUCUCCACGAGGUAUUCUUCGAAGCCGCAAUUCAAGAUGCCAAACAGCAAGACGAAUACUUCGCAAAACACAAAACCCCUAUAGGACCCCUACAUGGCCUACCAGUGAGUCUAAAAGACCAAUUUCACGUGAAAGGCGUGGAAACCACGAUGGGCUACGUAGGCUGGAUAAACACCUUCCAAGGCCAACAGGACGACCCGCGCAGCGGCACAGAAGAAAGCGAACUCGUCCGCGAGCUACGCAAUCUAGGCGCAGUCCUGUACUGCAAGACCAGCGUGCCAGCCACCCUAAUGGUCGGCGAAACCAUGAACAACAUCAUCGGCUACACCUGGAAUCCCAAGAACCGCCUGCUGUCCAGCGGCGGCAGCUCUGGCGGCGAGGGCGCCCUGCUUGCGCUCCGCGGCUCGCCUGCUGGCUUCGGCACUGAUAUCGGAGGUAGUGUGCGCAUCCCCGCUGGGUUUAAUUCCCUGUAUGGGAUUCGUCCUUCGGCGGGUAGGAUUCCUUACCAAGGUGCUGCGAACUCGUUGGAUGGCCAGGGGUCUAUAUUGUCUGUUAUUGGGCCGAUUGCGCCGACUGCGCGGUCGUUGACGUUCUUGUUCAAGGCUGUUCUUAGUCAGGAGCCUUGGUUGCAUGAUCCGCUUGCGUUGGAGCUACCGUGGAGGGAUGAGGUUGUUCGGGAAACUAGGGCGUUGAUUGAGGAGGGUCGUGCUGGGUCGUCGACGCUUGCGUUCGGCAUUAUGAAAUACGAUGGUUUGGCACUUGUUCAUCCGCCUAUUGCGCGUGGGCUCAGGAUUGUUGAGAAAACGCUACGGCGGUUGGGUCACCGCGUUGUGGAGUGGACGCCUCCUUCUCACUCAAUUGCCAACGAACUACUUGGUAAAAUAUUCAAUAUGGACGGCGGCGCAGACGUGAAGUAUCAUUUGGGUCUAUCUGGAGAACCUCAAGCCCCGGAAAUAGUCUGCGACGAAAAUGGUACUCAGAUGUCGGCAUCUGAGAUUGCGGCGCUCAAUGUUGCGAAACGUGAGUAUCAGAAACAGUAUCUGGACUACUGGCAUAGCACAACCGAAGUGACAGGCACCGGCCGCCCUGUUGAUGCGCUCUUUUGUCCAUUGGCACCUCAUGCGGCAGUUAUUCCCGGCGAAUUCAAGUCUGUGGGAUAUACUGGAUUUGUGAAUGUGCUUGACUAUACUAGCCUUGCGAUCCCAGUCACAUUUGCGGAUAAGAAGAUCGAUGUGCGCUCGGCUAAUGAGUCUGUGGAUGAUUCUGAGCAUAUUCAGUGGGAUUAUGAUGCCGAGGCCUACGAUGGGGCCCCGGUGGGGGUGCAAUUGGUAGGCAGGAGGUUGCAGGAAGAGAAGAUGUUGACACUAGCUGAGUAUUUGGGAGAAGAGAUUGCUCGAGACACGAAAGAGAGAGCCUGA